CUUCACUACCUCACUACCUCACUACCUCACUACCUCACUCCCUCAUACCUCUUGUAUAAUUCAUCUCAUCUCAUCUCAUCUCGUCUUAUCUCGUCAAUCUUCUUCUACUUCCACUUCUACUUCUGGUUCUACGUCUAGUUCUACUUCAAGUUUCACAUCUAGUCCUACUUCUAGUUUUAUUAGCACUGUCAACCGAUCAUUCAUUCUUCUUCGUCUCAAUUCGUCUCAAUUCAUCUCAGAAACUGUCUUCCUCUUCCUCUUCCUCUCCUUCCUCUACCUCGUCUCCUUUCUCUUCCCAUUCCCAUACCUCUUCCUCUCUCAUCUCAUCUUCUCAUCUCCUCAUCUUCUUCACCUACUUUUGAUCCUCACUUUAUGGUCCAGAAACACAAAGUAGGUAUUCAGUAUUUAAGUUAGUACACGAAACUAUUUAAAGUAUUUUUUUUGAGUGAAGAUUCCCCACCACCAUCUCCGCCACCAUCACUUAUUUACAACUCCACACUCACAUCUACUAUUUGUUGAAGCCCAUCCAUCAUCUCCUUCUAAACUCGACAACUGCGUUUGUUGGUUACACCGCAAAUCGCAGAUGAACUACUUUAACUCGAACUCCUCUCGCUGAUCAUUCCUCUUUUAAUUCCUUUUUAGGUAUCAAGUCCAAUUUCAAUCGUUUUAUACCUCGGUAUCGCCACACAGCCAGCCACAGCUACUUUGACAUCGCGCUUUCUCGACAUAGGUACAAACUUCCUCCCCCAAAAUUAAGCUCGCCCCAAUCGAAAGGGUCAUGAGCCGUCCACGAUCGCUUUCAAAUCCGGCAUACUGAUGAGGGAAGGAAGGAAGGAAGGGGAAGUCUUUCAAACAUAAUAUAACUUGUAAUGGCGGGCGUCGAUGAAUACUCGAGCUUAAGCUCCAGCAUGUAUUCAAAUGGAACUGGUACUUAUACCACAGCGACAAUAUUGAACCUCACGCACUUCAAUUAUCCAUGGGUUCUUCUAGUCGUCUUUCUUAUAUCAUUCAUCACACACAGCAUUUUAACUGCGGAAUCUUCCGAUGAGACUGGACCGAUGCUCACAGGUCCUGGGGGAAAACCUUUACCGCGGUCUGCCAGGAGGACAAAACAAGAUAAGGAUAAGCUCAAGCUGCAGGAUUUCACUCCUGUUCAGAAAUUGUUAUUUCUUUGGCUUUCAGCUGGCAUUCUAGUAACGUUUCUCGGCAAUGCGAUCAACAUCGUCGUACACGCUCUUGAUAAACGGGAGAAUGGUUGGUGGUGUGGCGAGGCAACUGCUAUAUACGUCUGCGCCUCUCUUUUUUUCUAUAGUGUCUUUCUCAUUUCGUUGGUCGACACAACUCCCUCACCUUCGAUUGCACAUCAGGUUACAUGGUUAGUUGCGCUGGUCGGCGAGAUUGUACUUCUUGCCGCUUCGCUAUCCUUAUACACCUCAGCUCACCGGGAACUCAACUCGCUUUUCAACUUCAAUCCGGACUUUCACAAAUACGCAACUCAAUGGGAAAUUGUUGAGCUGGUACUCGAUGCAAUUCGGGUAGUUCUACUUUUCUUCUGUGUCGCUUUUUAUUGCAUCUUCACUUUGGGACGUUCAAUUAAAGGCAAAAAUAGAAGCCGGCAGAGCAGCAGUGAGCCUGAUGAGAACAGUCCCCUUCUUUUCAAUGGCCGAGCGAAUGGAAACGGCCAUGUCUCUGGAAAUGGCUCAAUUGCAAAUGCGUCUGCUUCCGACUCCUUAUCUUUGAAUGGACAUGCGACUGCGAAUGGUUCUGCAGCACAGGGCGUUGACAUUCAAGGAAGACCGAUUGGUCAGCAGCGUGUGGACGAAGUGCCUGCGUUUUAUAAACCCACAACAGCUACAACCAAAACAUGGUGGGAGUAUUUGAAAGGAUAUUCACUCUUCUUUCCAUACCUCUGGCCAGCUAGAUCCGUUCGCUUGCAAAUAGUAGUUGUUGUUUGCUUCCUUCUUGUCGUCAUGCAGCGAAUAGUGAACAUCGCGGUUCCUUUGCAAGUCGGAAGGGUCACUGAUGCGCUUACUGGCGAUGAUGAUCACGAGGUUACAAUGCCAUGGCUGUCCAUUUCUCUUCUCAUUGCUUUCAAGUUUCUUCAAGGAUCUUCUGGAAUCCUAGGGGCUGCUAGAUCGGUUCUGUGGAUUCCAAUUUCUCAGUAUUCAUACAAGGCCUUGACCACAGCCUCAUUUGAGCAUGUUCAUGGUCUGAGUUUGGAUUUCCAUCUCGGAAAGCGCACUGGAGAAGUCCUAUCAGCACUUAGUAAGGGUAACGCCAUCAAUAAUUUCCUAGAGCAAGUGACCUUCCAGGUUCUUCCAAUGAUAUUCGAUCUUGGAGUUGCUAUCGGUUAUUUCGCAUAUGCCUUUGACGCAUACUACGCUCUCGUGGUUAGCAUCAUCACCUUUUCCUAUCUUUAUCUGACCAUUCGGAUGGCAAGAUGGCGAUCGGAUCAACGUCGACAAAUGCAGAACCUCAGCCGCGAGGAGGAUGCUGUCAAGAAUGACUCUUUAACAUCUUAUGAGACUGUUAAAUACUUCAACGCUGAGACUUAUGAAUUUGAUCGUUACCGACAAGCGGUUUCGGCAUUUCAAAAGAUGGAAUUCAAAGUGACCAUUUCUUUGAAUAUUCUCAACAUUAGUCAAAACUUGGUCUUUAUGGCUGGACUUCUUGUAACUUCAUUCAUCGCUGCAUACCAAGUCACAACUGGUAAACGUCAAGUGGGACAGUUUGUGACUCUCAUCACAUAUAUGGGCCAACUUCAACAGCCUCUGAAUUUCUUUGGUUCUUUCUAUCGGGGGGUCCAAAGCGCUAUGAUCAGUGGCGAACGUCUCCUUGAAUUAUUCAAAGAAGAGCCGACUGUCAUUGACGAGCCAAGUGCGAAGCCACUGCCAGCAUGUGAGGGCCGAAUCGACUUCAAUCAUGUUAAAUUCUCUUAUGAUACCCGUAAGCCUGCACUGGAGGACUUGAGUUUUACCUGCAAACCAGGCACCACUACAGCAUUUGUUGGAGAGUCCGGAGGAGGAAAAUCCACCGUGUUCCGACUGCUUUUUCGAUUUUACAAUACCCAGAAUGGUAGUAUUCAACUGGAUGGCCACGACAUUAAAGACGUCACCAUAGACUCGCUAAGACAUCACAUUGGUGUUGUACCACAGGACACAAUUCUCUUCAAUGAGACUCUUAUGUAUAACCUUCGGUAUGCCAACCAAGACGCGACUGAUGAAGAUAUUUACAAUGCCUGUCGAGCUGCUUCGAUUCACGACAAGAUACUUGCAUUUCCGGAUGGUUACGAUACGAAGGUUGGUGAGCGAGGUCUUCGUCUCAGUGGUGGUGAGAAGCAACGAGUAGCCAUAGCACGAACCAUUAUCAAAAAUCCUCGAAUCAUCAUGCUUGAUGAAGCUACUGCCGCCUUAGAUUCUGAUACCGAACAACACAUCCAAGAAGCAUUGAAGACCUUGUCCGAAGGCCGUACCAUGCUAGUCAUUGCCCAUCGAUUAUCCACUAUUACUAAUGCAGAUCAAAUAUUGGUCCUUCAUGCUGGACAAGUUGCUGAAGCUGGAACCCAUAGUGAGCUAUUACUAAAGAAAGGUCGAUAUGCGCAGAUGUGGAAGAAGCAAAUCAGGGCCGAACGAGCAGCUGAGAAAGCAUCCGAGAUGGUAGCUAGAGCCAGAGCUCUCAGUGAAGCAGCUUCCAUUCAGACUCCCAGUCACUCUAGCAAGGUCAAAGGUGGCAACACAGAAGCGAGCGACUUUGAGGCAGACCAUCACAGUGAUAUAAAUCUUGUCGCUAAAGUGGAAGCGACGAGAGCUCUUGCUGGUACUCCGGAGAGCCGAAUCAAUGAUGACAGUUCUAGCUCUAAAUCUAGUUCCAGUUCAGACACGGAUGGCCCAAAAUCAGAUGAGGAAAAGCAAACAGGAAACGAUAAAUUUGACGGAAAUAAGAGCGCCGACCAAAGUGGCGGUUCGAGGCCACCCUCAAGGAAGCAAAGUCCAUCUAACUAAGGAAAUACAACAAUCAGUCGACAAAUGACAUUCUGAUAUUGAGGCCUCAAUUCGAAUGUCUUCUUUGCCUCAAACUAAUACGAAGACAUUCUUCUACUAUAUAUUCCUCAACGGCCACCGUUACAAAUUGCAUGUACUGGUGGCAUAGGGGCUUCUUCCAUUUCACUUCAGCGCGAAUGGAUUGGUGUGCUUCUUAUCAUUGAGUAUCGUUGAGCUUUUUUUUUGCCCUUGAUUCAUCCAUGGGUUCAUUCACAAUACCCCUUAAACAACUUGCAAAAUUCUGCAUUUGCUGUUCAGCUGUUUAUAAUGCACAUCCACAUGGCGACGACGAUU